GAGGGGGGCAUCGGGGGGAGGCGCUCCGGAGGCUCCUUCCUCUUCCUCCUCCUCCUCCUCCUCCUCCUCGCAGGAUGCGCGGGGGCUUCCCGGGGCUCUCCCUGGCGCUGCUGGCUGCGGAGAGCGCUGCGAGGCUCGGCACCAUCAUCCACUACCUGUUGCAGGGGCAACUGGGCUGCUUUUGGCUCACCGUCGCCUGCCUGGCACCCGGCUGCGUGCCUCAGCUCCUCAGCACCCUCUGGUUCAAGGCAGACGGCCGCCCACCCGGCUGCGGGCUUCUCAUCCUCCACAUCCUGCAGCUGGGCCUCUGGAAGAGGUAUUGGGAUGUUUUACAGCUGGAGGCGAAGGCGGGCGGCAGCGCCGGUGCCGGGGAGGUGCUGCUGCAGCUCGGGGACGUCUGCGUGCUGCGGCUGCUGGAGGCUCUGCUGCAGACCCUGCCGCACCUCCUGCUGCAGGCCUACAUCGUCGUGGCUGUCGAGCCCUCCAGCUUUGUGCCCGCUGUCAGCGCUGGGCUGUCCCUGCUGUCCCUCUCCUGGGCCUUGGUGUCCUACAGCCGCUUCUCCUGCCUGCUGAAACCCGGCCACGUCCGCCUGCCGGCCGCAGCCCUGCUCUGCCUGCUGCUCUGGAGGACGGGGAUGCUGGGGACCCGCGUCCUGGCCCUGGUGCUCUUCACCAGGCUCUAUUCCUGCUGGGUUUUGGCUGUGGCAGGCAUCCACUGGCUGCUCAUGGCCUUCUGGCUGGUGGCCCAGCAGACCGACAUCGUGGCCCAGCCGUGCCGCUGGAGGCUGUUCAAUGCCCUGGUGGGAGCCGUGUACGUCUUCUGCUACAUCAACGUCCAGCCAGGGGCCUCCAGGCACAGGGUGGCUGUGUUUUACCUGGUAAUGCUGGUGGAAAACACCCUCCUGCUGCUGCUGGCCACCGACUUCCCGCAGGCAGAGGCGAGGCACAGCCUGGGCGUCACCGGGGCCGUCUUGUCGGGGUCUGCCCUAGGCGCCGCAGCUUUGGUGGUUUAUUACAGCCUGCUCCACCCCAAGUCCGCAGAGAUCUGGGAGGGCUUCCUGGAGAAAUCCUGCCGGGCCGCGGCUGCUCGUGACGAUCAGGAUGCUGGAAGCAGCUCCCAAACAGGGCAAAGUUUGGGAAUUUCGGGAGAUGGUGAAUGCUUGGAGGUGGAAGGGACCACACCGGCUCCCGAAAAGGGGAACGGCUCCUCGCUGCUGCAGGUCAGAGGGUGCUUGGAGGAUGCGUGGACAACCCAUCACCACUGGCUGCUGGUGAGGCUGGCCUUGAAGACGGGCGACGUGUCCCAAAUCAACGCAGCUUUCGGGGACGGUGGCGUGGGAGAGGUGUACGCGGGCAGAACCCAGCCCAGGGCAGAGCUGUGCCUCCCCACGAGGGAAAUCGCUCCCGUGCGUCUCGGAUCCGACCUGAGAGAUGCAAAAUUGGGGGUGGUGAGGAAAGGAGGAGACAGCAUAGGCGAGGUCGGGGAUGAAGCAGUGCAGGAGGAUGGAGCAGGGCAGGAGCCUGCUCCUCGCCCUGCCACCUCCCUGCCCAGCAGCUCCUCCGUGGUCCUGGACGAGGUUUCCUCCGUCUACUUCACCGCCAACGCCAGAGGCAUCACCUCUGCUGGUGUGGUGACAGCCACGGCCACCUCCACGACCCUGCUGCAAGGGGACAACGAAGCCCGGCCUCCCCCGGGCUGCCUGGCAGGAGGAGGAGGAGGAAGAGGAGAGGAUUCAUCCCUCGGGCUGGAGAACAUCAGCCCCAUCCCGGGCUCCUGCGCCCGCCGGCACCUGCAGAGCAGCUCGUCCCUCUGCAGGACAAGUGGCUGCGGGGCAGCAGAGCCCCCCGGAACCCCCAUGGGGUGGCAUCAUCUCCAGGACACCCAGCAGGGGACUGUCCCGAGCAAACUGAGGCCGCCGUGCUUCACCUCCACCCCCAAGACCGAGCCUAAACCCUGCUGCCAGGCAGAUGUGGUCCUACACGGCGAGGAAAUCGCCUCACCUCCUGGAGCAUCUCCUGCUUCUGGAGAGCCUCGGCAGCUGGAAUAGCUUAAAGGUCUGGGUUUGGGUAUUUAUUCAACUUAUUUAUGUAAAAAAACCCCGACAGGCAGCUGGGGCAUCCUGCAUUUUAGGCAUUUGGGGUGGUGUCGGGAAAGGUGACCUCAAGCAAAUGCCUGUAGGAGCUGUGGGUCUGCCCUACGUGGAGACCUGGCUGCUGUCCCCUGGGCUGCAAGGCUGCCCAAAGCAGGAAACUUCUCAGAGUUUUCUCACUAAACCAGAAAUUUAACGGGCUUUACCCCUCCUUCUGGGCAGAGCAAGCCCCAAAUCAAGGCUCAGCGCUGCUCGGUUUUAUUUUUCCUCUUUCUUUGUCCUCCCUGUCCCAUCCCCUCCUGCCAGGGUGGAAAUUUGGGAUCAGGCAAGAUGAGGUUGGGAAAGAAAACACAUUCCCGGUUUGCCAUCCUGCCCUGGUCCACAGAAGGAUUUACACCAUCCUCGCCGCUCUGAUGAGUGAUAAAUGGAUUUAACCCGCUGGGAAUUGCCCUGAACAUCCUCAGGUUUGUUCUAGCUUUAAUCACAAAGCUCAACAAGGGUCAGGAGAAGGUUGGGAGGGCCGCGUCCUACAGCAAAGGUCCCGCAGCAGCGAGCAGAGGGCGAGAAACCACCCCCGGAGCAGCCAGCAAGGGAACGAUGCUCCUUGUCCCUCGGCCACCAGAGGGAGAUGCUGCCCAAGGCUUCCCGAGCAGGCACCCAUGGGGUUUGGGGAGAGGGGUGUGUGGGACCCUCACCACCUCCACAUCCCCUAUGGGAGCUGCUGGGGGUGAAACGGGGGCUCUGGGGUUCUGGGGGUGGCUCCUUCCAGCUCCCCAAACCUCCCUGGGUCUCGGGGGACUUUGGGGAGCCUCUGCUGGGGUUUCUCCCUCCACAGAAGGGCUGGAAGCUCGGCACGUCCCCACCCCCAGACCCUCCAACGCCCCGGGAUAAAGGAUUUCUGCUCGUUUGUGGCUGGCGAGCCCGAUUUUUGCUCGCUUGGCUCUUCAGGAAACCUUUGGUCAUGCCCCAGUGCCACCACUGCCACCACGGUGGGGACGCAAGGAACGGGGCACAAGGAACGGGGUGACAGAGGGUGACAAUGUGGGGAGUGACCUGCGGGAACUGCCUGUGCCUCUGGUCACUCACCUGGAAAAAAAGGAGCAGGAACGGAGCCCGUGGCCCUCCCGGAGCCACAAACAAUGCCCAGGGCAGCACCGGGGCUUGGGGACACAGCCAGCACUGUCCCCUGAACCCCAAUCCCCUCCUGGGGUGGUUCUGAGCAAGGUCCAAAAAAAAAAAUGUUUUGGAAGGUGGUGGGAGGACACGAGGGGUGGUCGCAGCCCAUCCAGCAGCGGGUUUGGGGUCUGGCCUCGUCCACCCAUGGGGAUUUAAAGAGGGGAAGGUCCAGGAGCUCCUGCCCUCGGCUGCUGCUUUGGGUCAAGGCACGGCGCAAACCACCCAGCUCCGAGGUGAUGCAAGGCCCUGAGCCAACCCCAGGAUGAUUUACCCACAAAGCAAAAAAAAAAACAUUCUCACUUCCAAAAAUACCAAAACAGCUGAAUUAGAGAAAAAUAUUUGCCCCCGGGUGCUGUUGGUUGUUU